UACCCCGGUUAGCCCGCUGCCAAGGCGACCCUCGCUUGCUGCAUGACAACAAACAACAAACAACAAACUAAUGGACGCAUAGCAACUGGGCAGGCAGUUUGUGUUAUUAUUACCACGUUAAUCGACAUUGAAACUGACUGCGUCGCUUUGAGAGGAGCCUAUCUUCCAGCAGAUCUGCUAGCAAUGCCCUGCCUAUCGGCCUGUAAUGUGCGGUUUGUGAGCGCCGAGGCGCAGCUCAAGCAGAAGUGCCAGGAGUUGAGGGCUCGCGCCCAGACCGCCGCGUACCGUCCGCCCAUCGGGGGCUAUAGACCGUUGACAUCACGAGCUGCUCAUCAGGGCUGCUUCCAGAGAGGAAACGACCAGUUUGCGGCCUUUGAUCAAAAGCAGCUGAAGCGCAACGAGCGCGAGAGGAGGCGUAAUCAGGGCGCCAAGGAGCUCGUGCUGCGACCUGCCGACUUGAAUCGUCUGAAGGAAAAGUGCAAGUUCGUGAGCUUCCAUGAGAAGCUGCAGGCGAUUGAGCAGGCCGAGACGGAGCAUCGGAAGCAAUUGCAGCUGGUGAAGGAAACCAAGCAGCGCUUCAAGCAGAUCGACGAUGCUCGCAAGGCGGGGGCGGUUGCCGGCGAGAGUGAAAGAGACAGUAGCGUCGACGAGGCCUUGGAGGAGCAAAAUACUGUGCUCAGUCGAGCCAUUCUGGCCAAGCAGGAGCAGGAGGAGGAGGUGAAGCAARUCAACCGCAUGAUUCUCGACGCCAAGUGCAAGGCCGUGAGGGAGGCCCAGAUCCAAGAGAAGCAGCUAAUGGCCAAGGCCCUACGCGAAGACGACGAGCGCCUCGCCAAGAUGGAAAACGAGCGGGCGAAGGAGGCCCUCAAUGCUGAAGAUGAGCGAGAGCGCCUCGAAAUCGAAAAGCGCGCAAAGUACGCACAGGAAAUUCGUCAACAGCUGAGCGAGCGCGAAAACAAACGCUUCCUGGAGGCCCAGCGGGUGGCGGAUGAAGCCAAGCAGCUGCGCAAGGCGACCGAGCUGCUGCGGGAGGAGGAGGAGCGCCAGCGGAACUUUGUACAGCUGCGCAAGGCGCGCUUCCGCGAGGAACUACAGCGAAUUCGCGACAUGUCGAGUGUGUUCAAGACCAUGCUUAGGGAGCAGGAGCGGCUGGCAGACCUGCGAGUGGCUGCCUACAUGCGCGAGAAGCAGGAGAAGGAGCGCCAGCUCAAGGAGAUGCAGAAGGCAAUGAAGAAGCAGUUCGAAAGACGACAGCAACGCAUCUACACAAUCGCCACUGAGGCCCAGGAAUCGCGCCAGACCAAUGAGGAGCUUAAGUAUCUCAGGGAACGCAAUCGAGUGGAGCGCGAGUAUCGCCAGCGGGAGAAGGAGAUGGCAAUGGCCAAGCGCGAGGCCGAACGCGACUUGCUUCAGAGUCGGGCCCAACAGGCGCAAGAAAUGAAGCAGCGCCUCGCCCAGGAGAUUGCCCACGCCGAGGAGGACUUCAACAAGCUGUUGACUCGCAUGCGCGACGAGGAGGAGAAGCAGAAGAGGCUAGACCAGGAGCGCGAGCAGCGCACCCAAGCAUAUCGGAGGGAUCUGAAGCAACAGAUGACCGACAGGCAGGAGGAGCGACGUCGCCUGACGGAAAUCGAGCACGAGCGCAUGCAGAAAUGGAUGGAGCAGGAGCGCCAAAGGGAUGCCAACAUCAAGCAGGUGAUCACCUCUAAAAUUGCAUCCAUGCGCGACAACUGCCUGCCCGAGAAGUACCUGCAGGAUGUGGAGAAGCAGCUCAAGAAGAUCCAAAGCAGUCGCAAUCGCAUUCGUUGAGCUCCCAAAUCGGCCGACUGCACAAAGCCAGCUCACGGGACGAGCUUCCAGUGCAUAGCUUUUGGCGGCCAUUUGCGGUGAUCAAUGGAAAUCGACAAAUCGAACCCCUCCUAUAACUAUGCAGUGCGAGUUUUCAAAUGGAAUGCAAGUUUAAUUAUAUUAAGCUGACCUUUUUGUGAAAGACAUGUAU